CUAGGAGUCUCCAGUCCCGCUUACACAGAUCCAAGUACGGUUGUAAGCUUCUAUAUUUGUCUGCAGAAAGCAAGUGGAACUGCUGAAGCCCUCGAAUCUCGAGUACAUUGGAUCAGCAAGCUGCAGGAGUUGUCGUGGGUGUCGUGAAUAGGUAAACAGCGAACAUGACGGAGCACGCCCCUACCUUACUCGCCUGUCAUCAUCUGUCCAUCCAUUCCGGCUCUCGUUUCAGCGGGCUCGGGAACCCGAUGACAUGCAUAUCGCAAUGCAGUGAUGCUAGACUUGACUAAUUUCAUGGCGGUGACGAAAAUUCAAAAACAUUUGCCGGGGGCAUUUUCUCGGCAUGGCCAUGCCGAAUACGGGUUGCGACCGUUCAUCUGCCGACAAGUGUCCCACAGGGCGCGAAGGGUUCGGCAUGCCUGCAGCUUUCUGGGACGUCCUUUUCGCAUCUCUUCACUCCAGAGACAAGGACAAUUCUCAUACUCAUUCACAUUCCCCUUCCCGAUCAGGUUCGGUGAUCCUCGUUCCAACCCAUACUGUUCAUAUUACUCUGCCUUCUUCGUGGCAAUAGGACGUUGACUACUGAAUAGUGUUCCCAUUAUGCGGUGCAAGCUUACUUGAUUGCCGUCAGAUCACUGGCUGGUUCCUUUCUCUUCUUUUUUCCCUUCUAUUUCCCCCCUCUUCCUUCUCACAACUCGAAUCCCUUUUGGCGGUACUUCUAAAGGUUUUGUCUCUGCCCAACGACAUGCUAGCAAGGUCUAAUCUGGGUUAACUCAGCUCAAUCCGGUUAACAAACUCGUCAUAUGCUUGUCCCUUGAUUCGGUAUCCGACUUGGGUACUGAUUUCUUGUCUGUAUGGGCCGAGUGGUCUGUUGUCAUUGUCAUUGCCAUUGUUGUUGUUGUUGUUGUUGUUGUUGUUGUUGUUGUUGUUGUUGUUGUUGUUGUUGGGGCCCGG